CAACUAGUGAACCGGGCAAAAAGAAGAAGAUCGCGAGUAGAGGACCGAUUGUUUUGAGUUUGGGACUCAAAUAUCGGGAAUACUGCGCUAGCGUGACAAGAACGUUGCUGAUUGACGCAACGGCUGAGCAGAAAGAAGCUUACACAGCCCUUCUACACGCACAGCAUGCAAUGAUGGGAGCGUUGAAGAACCCGCUUUUGAGUUUCGCAGAGUUAUACAACGUCGGCAAAAACGCGCUUCCAGAACCUCUUCAGAGCCGCUUCCUCCCGAGUGCAGGGUUUUGUCUAGGCUUGGAGUUUCGAGACAGCUUUUUGCAGGUGAAUCCGAAGAGUGAGAAGCAGAUCCGACAAGGGAUGGUUCUCUGUAUCUCCGUAGGUCUGUCCUCCACUGAAAAAGACCCGUGGGCUUUGUGGAUCACUGAUACCAUAGCGAUUUUACCUGGCCAAGCGCCUGCAGAUGGAGGUCCAGUGCCCAAUGUGGUAGUAGAAAUGACGCAAGGGUGUAAGAAGGAAGAGAAAGAGGUCAUCUUCGACUUCACCGAUAGUACUAGUGCAGGAGCAACAGUAAGUGCUGUUGCAGCUGGUGCUACCAAGAAUAUGGCCGCUAUUGGUGGUCCUGGUGGUGCUUCAGCUUCUCUUGGCGCAGCUGGCGGCGUUGGAGGUAAUGUCGCACUAGGAACAGGAGCUGGUAUGAUGAUGGGUAACGGUGCUACUGCUUCUUCUUCUAGUGCCGGCAUGCCACCUCCUAGUGCUGGAGCUUUUGGUGGUGCUGCAGCACUGGGACUAGGCGGAGCAAAAGGGGGAGCGACUGUCAUUAGCGGCAAACAGCAGCAGCAAGCAGCGUUACUGCAACAACAACAGCUCCGCAUGCUGCAACUGCAAGCGAAGCAGGGCAAAGGAGGAAAAAUGCCUAUGUUAAACCCUUUGGGGAUGAAAGGAGGUGUGCCUCCUGGAGUGCCAGGAGGAAUUUCCGGAGCAUCAUCCUCAAAUGCUGCAGCUGGCGAUUCUGCACUGAACUUACAGCUAAGAGGCGCUCGCUCCCAACGCGCGUGUGCAGCACACAUGUCGCAGCAUAUGAACGUGAAUGCGGAACAGAUGGCGAGACAGAAAGAAUUGCGGGAAAAGAAGACGGCAGAACUCGCGCAGAGAUUUCGUCGAGGCUACAAGGACGCGGACGACGCCGCUGGUGGCGGACAGUCGGGCGCGAAGAAAAAGCGCAUGGACAUCCAGGUCUAUCGGACCGCUGGCGAAUUGCCGGACUUUUCCAGUAUAGGAAACGGCAAACAGAAGAUCGACUUGUUCAAGCAACCUCGCGUCUUGCUAGAUGAAACUCGCAUGGCUCUGCUCUGUCCCAUCAACGGCAUUUUCGUGCCUUUCGGCAUCAAAGUGAUCAAGUCCAUCACCGUGAGCCAAGAUGAGUUAGAGCGCUACGUCUUGCGCGUGGUAUUCUACACGCCAGGUGGUGGCGGGAGUACGUAUGAGGAUUACCCAGAAAUGCCAGAAGAGUGGAUAACGACGCAGAAAGCAGCUAGAGACAGACAGAUUCAAGCACAAGAGGGCACUUCUGAGCUAACCAACGAGCAGGGAGGAGGAGCUGGAACGACGACCGAAGGAGGAGCCUCUUCAUCAUCCGGGAAGAAGUUGAAGAGUCCAAAUAGGACAACAAAGAAGGGAGCAAAAGCAAGUCUAGGUUCUGAGCAGGAUUCUGAGGACGAAGAAGAAGACGCUUGGAUCCCCAGAAGACUCUUUAUUAAGGAACUCACGUUCAAAUCAGUGGACAGUGGCAAUUUCGAAUCGCUCGCUUUACGGUUCAAAGAAGCACAGAAAGCACAGAGAGGUCGUGAGCAAGAGGAGGAGGCGCAGCAAGGCUUAGUAGAACAGGAACCAGUUCAAGUCUUGUAUCAGAGAACGCCUCCAUGCUUGCGGGAUAUCCAUGUGCGACCGAUUUUGACGUCAAGGAAAGCGGUUGGGAGAUUGGAGAGUCAUAGGAACGGACUGAAGUUCAUAGCUCAGCGGAAUGAGUCGCUGGACAUACUGUACAAGAAUAUCCGGCAUGCCGUCUUCGAACCCUGCGUCGAUAGUGUCAACACAGUGCUGCAUUUUCAACUGAAGAAUGAGGUAUCUAUCAUUAUCUAUCAUUUUCAUUGUUAAGUGAAAGUGUAUACUAUAACUUUUUGUCUUCAUGCUCCGUAUCCACACGUGUUCUAUUGACAUUCAACUUUUUUGAUUUCAUGUUCAAAAACUCUAUCUGUCAUUUGAAGAAGAACGAGCAUAGUAGCAACAAAGCACAUGAUGCACAAAAAUCCUAUGCGUCAGUAUCCAGGAUAGCUUAUAAUCUUCUCCGUCCCAUAGGUGAUCUUAUAUAUAAUGUCCCAGGUGAUCAUCAAUAAGAAGCGAACGCGGAUGGUGCAGUUCUUUUGUGAGGUGCUGAAUACGACUGAAGAUUUGACCAAUGGAAGACGCCAAGCGGGAGACGAACGUAUGGAGGAUGAGCGCGAACGCAUUCUCGUGAACAGGAUAAACCAAGCCUUUCGCCAGUUCAUCAACAACACAUGGAAUUUGAUGAAGGAAGAUGGCACCCCAUUGACCUUCGAGUAUCCCUACCAGAAUCUGAAGUUUCAGGGCGUUCACCAUCGAGCCUCCGUGGCCAUCAUGCCAACAGUCCACUGCUUCGUGGCUCUGCAGGAAUGGCCCGCCUUUUGCCUUCCUUACAAGGACAUAGAACUAGCAGUCUUCGAACGUUUCACGAUGGAUUUGAAGGAGUUCGACUUGAUUUUCAUCUUGAAGGACUACCAAAAGCCGGUAGUGAAAAUAAGUGCGAUCCCAAAUCGCGAGUAUGGAGAAAGGCUAAAGCAGAUUUUCACGCAGAAUGGACUAGUCUACUACACCUACGAGCAGCAAAUGAAAUGGACGGAGGUGAUGAAGGAAGCGAUUAUUAUGGCGAACAACUGAUGCGGGUCAUACUUCUAUCGUGAUACUACAUAAUAAAAGCAGAUGCUUUAUUGACUAGUAGAGUACUUAGCGGAAACAUAUAAUAGAUAUAUCCUCUCUUGACAGUACUUCGUUUCCAUUUAUCAGUUUCAUGAUGACUCGAAUCGACCUAGUCACACUCUAAAAUAAGCACGAUCAGAACAGGAGAGUUCCAAACGACUGGUUGCUGGGAGACUUGGUUCGGAGGCGACGCCGAUGCCGUAUUUCCCCUUUUUUACUUUCUUCGUCCUUGGCUACAACUAGGUUUAGCUAGGGACAAACAUGAUGAAUGCGUUGUGGAUGUGAUAAGUCAACUCAGAAAAUGAUUAAACUUGAAGUACAACGAGGAUCUACAGUUCUUUCAUCUCAUCUGAAGACCCAUGAUGUAUACUAGAAACAAAAGGAACAAAUCAUCUUUCUCAAUUCAAUUCUUCAAAUCUACUAGGGCGCCGCGGCCGAAGAGGAUAGUGACGAGACGGAUAGUGCUUCCGAAUUCAAACCCGAUAGUGAAGACGACGAUGACGAGGAGUUUGACCCUGCGUCUGAAGACGAGGACGAGGAGGAAUCCGAGUACCAAGAAAAUUCAGAUGACGAUUCGGACUCCAGUGCCAUUGAUCUCGAAGAUAUCCCAGACAGCGACGAUGAGCGGCCUGCCUCCAGGAGACCAGCAGCUAGUCGAAGCAAUCAGGCUUCAGCGUCUAGUAAGGCGAAGUCGACGAAAGUAGGAGUGAUCGGAGGCAAGGGCGCUGGCAAAGGUGCUGCCAGCAGCGCGAGUAGGGCAGGACCACGAGCUGCGAAUCCAGUACUAAAACCAAGAGCAGUACCACAACCGGGAUCAACGAUCGCCCAGCCCCAACAAGCCUACCAACGGAAAAAACCCAACGCCAGUACGAGGGCGUUCAAGUAGUAGGUCUAGGUUUUUUGAGCCACGGCUACUUGUUCUACUUCUCAAGUUCUUGGCCUCUCCACUAGAUCGGAGAAUUUUCAGGAGUAGCUCCUUGCAGAAAGCCGUUUCUUGGGAAGCUCGUUCGUCACAUCUGAUACUGCUUUGGGCUACAAAACCAGCUACAAAACCUAUAUCAUGACUCACGAAAGAACACUCCCGUUACCAUUACACACUGACGACAACACAUCACUGAAAUGUUAAUCUCCAAUAGAUGGCACAAUGAAAUUUCUUCGCAUGGAAAUUCUCAUCUAUGCAUAUCCACGACUAGUGCAAAAAAUGCAGGGCAAUGCGAAUAGGC